AUGGCCGUAUGCCAAACUCCGACACGAAGUCGAAUUUUAUCGAAACGUCAUUUCAAUACUACAAAUAUUCUGUCAUCAUUAUCACCAUUAACAUCAAAUGGUAUGCUUAAAUCAACUGGAUGCAAUGAAUUUCAACAUCUUUAUGCCACAGAAACGUUCGAUAAGGUCUAUAAUUUAUCUGAAAAUCUUGGACGUGGAAAAUUUUCAACAGUAAAAAAAUGUAUUAAAAAAGAUGAUCAAGACAAAACAUAUGCCGCAAAAUUUAUCAAAAAACGUUAUGUUAAACAUGCACUCAAUGAAUUACGUAUUUUGGAACUAUCCCGAAAACAUCCCUAUCUUAUUACAUUACACGAAGUCUAUGAUUUACCAUUAGAAGUCAUUUUCAUCCUUGAAUAUGCACAACAAGGCGAUCUUCAAUUUAUUCUUGAAUUAGAAGGAUGUCUCGAUGAAUCAAAAUCUAUUCAUGUUACAAAACAGCUACUUGAAGCAAUUCAAUUUCUUCAUGACAAUAAAAUUGUUCAUCUCGAUAUCAAGCCUCAGAAUAUCUUACUUAUGGAGAAAUGGCCAAGUACAAAGAUUAAAUUGUGUGAUUUUGGACUGUCGAGAAUAUUAACAAAUGAAUGUAUACAUGAAAUACUGGGUACAACCGACUUUCUUGGUAAGCACAUCCAUUUGACAUUGAAGAGAACUCCUGAAGUUGUUUCAUAUGAACCAUUGACACGUGCAACAGAUAUGUGGAGUAUUGGUGUAUUAAUUUAUGUUCUUGUAACUGGACACACUCCAUUCGGUGGUACAAAUAAACAUGAUACACAUAAUAAUAUCACACAUUGUGUAUUAGAUUUUCCAUCAGAAUUAUUCGAAAAUAUAUCGAUAAAUUGUAUUGAUUUGAUUCAAAAAUUAAUUGUUCGCAUUCCAAAACAACGAGCAUCAGCAGAUGAAUGUUUACAACAUGUUUGGCUUACAACAUUACCAACAAUAAAUGAUUUACAUAGUUAUGAUGAGCAAAUAUUGUCAAAAGGUGGGUUAUCAGAGAAUCAAAUUGAGUCUGAUUUUGAAUCUCAAAUGACAAAUAGUAUUGAUAAAGCAUUUGAUAAAAAAAUAAUAGUCGAUACUAUUGAAAAAACCACAAUCAAGACGAAUGGCGAUAAUGAUUUUACAUCACCCAUUAUUGAUAUAAUUGAAUCAAUUAAACAUUUGCAUAUUAUUCAAUCUAUUCCUAUUGCAUAUGAGGAUGAUGAUGAUAAUGGCAUAACAACAACAAUACUACAACCACCAAAAAAUGAAUAUGUUCUUCCGCUUACUCCUCCUCAUUCUGGUAUUUCUUUGUCAUCAUCGUCUUCUUCAUUUCUUCUAACAACAACGCUUUCUUCUGAUGUUUUAAAAUCGAUUCAUACACUUGUUGAAAAUGUUUGUGAGAAUUUACUAUAG